AACGGCAGUAGUCUCAUGACAGUUUGUUUGACAAAUAAACGGAAAGGCCAUCUAGGAAUGCUAACAUUCAGGGUUAACGUUCAGAUUAGAUUAGAUUCAGACAGACCUGAAAGACACACAGGCAUCAGAGCCACGAUGAAGAAUUUGUGUGUUGCUGUUGUUGUGCUGAGUCUCACUUCAGUGUGCCAGCCUGCGUCACUGGCCUGUGAGAAGCUGUUGAAGCCAGUAGACAAAGGACCAGAUUUUUCUGGGAGUUGGUACCUCAUAGCCAUUUCCUCAGACUCCUGUUUGGCUACCACAUUACUGAAUUCAUUUUUUUGGCCAAGUGUUGCAGUGGACAUUACCUCUAAGGACAUACCGAACAUCUACAAUGGGAACUUUAAGAUUAAAAUGUAUGGAGUUUGUGCUAAUGAAUCAGAAAAUUAUUUGUACGAGAACAACACCGUCUUUGAUGUUGACAGCAACAAUGCCCCAACUGGUUCACCAGAUGUGAUGCUACAGAGUGGCUGUCCUGACUGCAUCGUUGCAAAGACGGAUGACAUCAUUAACACUUUUGUGCUCUUCAGUAGAAGAAAGAUUGUCACUGCUGCUGAGCUGAAGGAGUUUGAGACACAGACAGAGUGUCUCGGCUGGGCCAAACCACAGGUCUUAAACACAGAUCACGACUAUGAAAACUGCACAUCACUUGACGAUGAUGACGUUGAUACUUCGGGAUUAUCACACAUGAUCUAUCAAAGGCUGAAAAACACGUAUACAGAGCCCCUCAAGUGUCUUGCAGGCAAUUUUCUUUAUUACCCCAGCCUUGCCAUUGAGUGGGCUCAGCAAGGGUGGGAUAAGUACUGGAGAGUUUAGGGCACUACUAUAACACAUAUUCACUCACAUCAAUGAUGUUUAUGUGAAAUGGCGCAACCCAUUUCUAACGGAAUUAAUUAUUGAUUGAUUUACUGUUUGAAAGGUGUAGACCCAGAGGAAUUUUGGGCCCCAUGACAAAAACAUCAAAUUGGGCCCCCCCUGCACAGCAUAACUCUCUCUCCCAUAUUUGCUACAUUUGCUGCAGUGAAUACGUUGCAAAACACAUACCUGUAUCACAGAAUGUGAAGUCAUGAAUAAAAUUUGCACAUCUAAAAAUCAGAA